AUGAAGUUUUUAUGCGUUCUCAUGUUCCACGUUUCGAACAUUGUGAAAGUCAAUGGAUUAACUCCUGUUUGUAAGAAACAUAUGAUAUAUCCUGGAAAAUGUGCCGCUGAUGUAAACAAACAGUGUCAAGCUGAAAUGAAGGAUCGUUACACAACAUAUAAGCGUUGCGACUGUGAAAACACUUUGUGGAAAAGGGUAGAACACCAUUACUGCCAUUGUUAUAUAAAACUUCCUUGUCCAAAAGAAGGUUCCUUAUGAUCUCUCGAUUAAUUUUACUGUUUCUCCAAAACAAAACCCUUAUAUUUACGAAUCAAUAAAAGAUAAAGCAACACUAUAGUUUGUUUGUUUUCAUGUUGGUAUGAUAUGAUUAAUUGACAAUAUAUUAUAAGUCUAUUUUGUAUUUUUUCAUAUUUAAUUGUAAGAAAAACUAUGAGUUAAUAUUUAAAAAGUUUGUAAUGUGUUUAUCUUUUUUUGAAUUAUAUGUCAAAUUAAUUUAAAGAAACCCCAUUUUUUAUAACC